AUGGCGCAUGGAUCCUCGCCGCAGGGAUCCUCUGAAAGACGCGAAGUGUUCAAAUCCCAGGCUGCAGCUACCGCCUGCGCAGUGGUCUUCCCCAAGAACAUCAUGGCCCCAAGUGGAUCCAUACGGCACGUUGUUGGGAUUUGCAUCGAAGGAUUUCGCUAA